AUGAGAAUCCUUUCGCUUUUAUUUAUUCUACUAGCUUCUGUCCAAGGCUUGGUGGUGGUGGACUCAGAUGUCGCUUCUGCUUGUAUAUACUACAUGAAGCAGUUUGACUGGGGCUGCGGGAGUACAGGCCAGGGCAUGAAAGCGUACAUGUGUCGGUGUGCCAAUGUGGACUGGUUGGGAUCUGUUUCCCAUUGUAUUGCCGAAUAUGGUGAAAACCGUGGUAAAACUCGCCAUGCCUGGCAUCAUGUCAGAACAAGAUGCAUACAAAAAGCUGACCUAUACUAUUCCGUGGACGAACUAGAAGCUUAUUCAGAGAAUGCUACGCAAUACUUGAAACAACCAACGGCAAUGGAUGCCAUGAAACAGGUUUACCACCCUCUCGGGGUUAAUGAAAGUGCCUUUGGAGUGUACUUGCGCAGUUUCCGCCAAAUCAAUCAUCACGUAUACAAGAGUCAAUGGCUUGGAUGGGGGCUUGUAUUUUAUUGGGCUGCAUUGGUUGUUAUUUACACCCUUGCCAAUUUAUCAUGGAAAUUAUUCCGCUUCAACUUAUUUGGCAAGACUCUUUCUCAAAUCCACCAAAAGUACCUUUGCCAGGAUAUUGGCCUCUUUGGAUUGAACCGCCUUAAUGUCAUUGUGAUGUUUCUUUCUCUAGUGCAAACUGUGCUAUCUACUGCAUUGUCCUACACUGUGGAGCUUCCCAAUGUUUAUAUGACACAGAGCUACUUCCUCACUCUUGAUUUGAUUGGUUAUAGAAGUGCUAUUCUUUCUUUCUCUUUAAUGCCAGUGUGCUACAUUUUUGGUCUUCGGAAUAAUCCAUUUACGUGGAUGACAGGCCUUCCACAGGCAGAGUUCAUCAAAUAUCACAAAUUUGUGGCAUUGAUCUUUUCUUUAGAGGCUUUGGUGCAUUCCUCCAUUUGGACUGCUUAUGCGAUUCGUUCUGAUGGCUACAAAGUAUGGGCCGUGGACGACUACUGGCGCUGGGGAAUUGUGGGUACCGUAUUAUUGUUUUUGAUGAUUGGACAAAGUAUCCGCAUUGUGCGUUCUGCAAUCUAUGAGACCUUUUUAUUUGUGCACAAGAUCUUUGGAUGGUUGUUUAUUGUUUCAAUGUGGUACCACUGUAACAUCUUGGGCUGGAUGGGAUGGGUUUAUUCCCUUAUCGCCCUCGUUGCAUAUGACCGAGUCAUGCGUCUCUUCAAGACGUUUGUCAUUAAUAGAGGCUAUGUCCGGAUACGUGUUUCGGUGAUUGACUCUCGUGUUUUGAAAAUUACCAUCCCAAAACCAUCUCUCUUUGAUGUUGCCUAUGAACCGGGAACUUAUUUGUACAUGAGUUUUUACCAUUGGCCAAUCUGGUACCAGUGUUGGCAAUCGCAUCCAUUCAGUAUCUUAUCUUCUCCAGUCGAGGCGGAGAACCACAUUACAGUCUAUGUUCGUGUCAAGAAGGGAAAUACCAAGUCUCUCUCGACACUUAAAACUGAUGAAAAAGGAAACGUGUAUAUGUGGGCCCUCAUUGAAGGUCCUUAUGGAGAGAAAGCUGAGCACUUUGGUGAUAAUGAUGCCGUUGUUGGAAUCAGUGGAGGCAUGGGUGUAUGUAGCAUUCUUCCCGCUUUCUACAACAAUAGCGCCAUUUCGCGUCUUUACUGGGUGAUCAACAAUCCUGACGAGUUAGAGAUCUUACGUGCUGAUUUGGACUACUUGGCGGAUCAUGGUUGUGAUGUUCGCGUAUUCUUAACUCAUUCGGUUUCCAAGGAGGAUAGCAUACUGCUUGAGAAAAUGGCACCAUAUCUUACGUUGCUAGAGCAACGUCCCGAUGUGGGCCAGUUUGUUGCAGAGGCAGUUCAGCUUGCUCAUGAGCUGGGAAAAACAAACUUAUCUAUUUUGUCGUGUGGUCCUGGCCACAUGGAUCUGCAAAUCAAGCACAACGUUGGGAAGCAGAUUAAAGUGGGACUGGAUCUUUCGAUCAGAUAUAUUCUGGAAAACAGCCAAUGGUGA